AAUGAUGAACGAAGAGAGAGACUCUAGAAGAACGGAAUGGGAUAGAUUCCGAUAUAUUGAACCGGAAAGGCAGAAUUCUCAUGAAAUAGUACGAAUAUUGACGAAAGUUUUGAAAUUUCUCUCUUAUUUUGUCUUGUUUGCUGCUAUUUUGUUCAGUUCUGUUGCCAGUAAAAUUUCCUUUACAUGGCUUUCUAGUAGCGUUAAGAAUGAAACAAUCACUUCCAGAACUGACGAAUCGACGACAGCACUCAUCAUAGCACUGGAAGUACCUUACGCUCUAGCCUUUCUUAUAUCGGCUAUUAAGGCCACUUUUGGAGGUGCAAGGAGACCUAACUUUAGUCAGUUAAUUCAAACAAUAUUUGUUGAUUGUAUUCAAGCUGUUGGAGUAUGUUUAAUUGCUUUUAAUAUACAAAAUAUGUUGGAUGUCCGCGCAUCUGUACUGGUGACAAGUAACAUUUGUCUUUUACCAAUCAUAGUAUCCCUUCUUUUCUCAAAGCCAACUGGAUUUUGGAGUAAUGGAAUCUGGAAAGGUUCUUCCUUUAUAUUCGGUUUAAUUCAAUUGGGCAUAACUAUAUUCUUUGCAAUAAAAUUUGAAAGUUGGGAAAUACCUGUUGGACUAACCUGUUGUACAAUUCAAUUUUGGCUCAAUUUUGUUGACUCCGAAUCAAAAAUUCUCCCAAUAAAGCAAUCAGCGGAAGAAAUGAAAACGAAUACAGCACCCUUCUCUGCCCUUUUCAAAGGAAUAACUGUUCUACUUUUCCCUUUCGCAUUCUAUUCAGAUUUUCGAUUUUCAACAGUGUCAAUUUCAAACUAUCCUCUCUUUAUCCAAAUUGGUUCUAGCCUUGUAGCUUAUUAUCUAGCAGUGAUAUCUUGUAGAUUAACGAUGCAAAAGUUCGCAUUCUCCUUGGCUUUAACUUUAUCAACUCCUUUAGCUCUAUUGGUGGUUUGGCUGGAUUGUAGACAAGGAAUUUUAGAGAUAUUCCGAUCAGAUAUUCUUUGUAAAGAAGAAAUCGACUGGUGGGAUUAUCUACUCUAUGGACUUUCUUGGAUAGUAUUCCUAAUGGUUAAUUGCCAUAUUUGGUUUCCGAGUCAAUUAAGGAUGCAAAAAUCUGAACAAUUGUUUCUCUUUCCCAUGUUCGAUUCGCCAUUACUCUGUGAAGGUCUUCUUUUAAACAGGAGAAGAUUCGAUAAUCAUCCUGAUUUAAUUAAAGACUUUUGUAUUCCUAAAAUUUUUGCUUGUGCAACAGUCUGGCACGAAACGAAACAGGAAAUGACUCAGCUUUUAAAAUCUAUCUUCAGAAUGGAUAUGGAUUACUCAGCGAGAAAGAAAACUAAAGAAAUAUUUGGCAUAGACAAUCCGGAUCUUUAUGAAUUUCAAACUGAAAUUUUCUUUGAUGACGCCAUGGAAUUAAAUGAGAACGAUGAAGUUAUUUUUAAUAACUAUGUUCAUAGAUUCCUCCAAUCUAUUAAUGAAGCGGCAAGUUCAGUCCAUCAGGAGGAGGUAGAAUUUGAACAUCCAGCUAGGAUAAUUACGCCGUAUGGAGGAAGGCUAGAAUGGUGUUUGCCAGGAGGUUCAAGAUUAACAGUUCAUCUUAAAGAUAGCACUAAAUUUAGAAAAAAUAAAAGAUGGUCUCAAUGCAUGUACAUCUAUUACCUUCUGGGGUUUAGAAAGCUAGACGAACAGGAAGCGGAUCAAACCUAUAUUCUUGCCUUGGACGGUGAUGUUGAUUUCCAACCCGAAGCAGUUCGAGUUCUGCUAGAUAAAAUGAAAAGCAACCCAAAAGUUGGAGCGGCUUGCGGUAGAAUCCAUCCAAUCGGAAAAGGUCCUGUCAUUUGGUAUCAGAAGUUUGAAUAUGCUAUUGGCCAUUGGCUUCAAAAAGCUGCUGAGCACGUGUACGGUUGUGUCUUAUGUUCCCCCGGAUGUUUUUCAUUGUUUCGAGGUAGUGCACUUAUGGAUGAUAACGUUGCUCGACGCUAUGCAAUAACUUGUACAUCGGCCAGCGAGUUUGUUCAAUUCGAUCAAGGAGAAGAUAGAUGGCUCUGUACGCUACUCCUUCAACAGGGUUACAAGGUGGAAUACUGCGCCGUUGCCGAUGCUUUAACCUAUGCCCCUCAAUCGUUUGCCGAAUUCUAUAACCAGAGACGAAGAUGGGUUCCUUCAACAAUGUUCAAUUUAAUGGAUAUUCUCUCGUCGUGUCGAACGACUGUUGCAAAGAAUGAUAACUUCAGCUAUUUAUUCGUAGCCUAUCAAUUUCUCUUGUUCAUUUCGAGCAUCCUUGGACCAGCAACAAUUCUCAUGAUGAUCGCUGGUGCCUAUAAUGCAGUUUUAAAUAUAGAUUUGUGGCAAAGUUAUCUAUUAAGCAUAGGUCCAGCAAUAUUUUACUUGGCUGUUUGUCUUGUGCUUAAACCAGAUAUACAACUUAAAGUUUCAGCCGUUUUUAGCGCUCUAUAUGCAAUAGUUAUGACCAUUGUUACCAUUGGAACAAUCGUAACAGCCGUUCAAGAUUCUUGGUCGUCUCCCAACGUUGUAUUCGUACUUGCCCUUGCAGGAUUUUUCAUUAUCACAGCUCUGAUGCAUCCUCAAGAAAUAUUCUGUAUUGUUCAUGGACUCCUCUACUAUUUAUGUAUACCCUCUGGAUAUUUAUUAUUGCCUAUCUACGCCCUUUGUAAUUUGAAUAUAAUAUCUUGGGGAACGAGAGAAGAAGCAGAAGAAUCUGAAGAUGAAGCUCGUAAGAGAUAUAAAGUCUCGAGAAAAUAUGAUGAUGGAUGGAUUCAUGACAAAUACAUCAAUUUUGGUAUAAUGAAAGAAUUGAGCACUGAAGAAGUGUUCUUCUGGAAACAAUUGAAAGAACAUUACCUACAUCCUUUAAAUUUAUCUGAGAAGGAAAAAUCAAAAAUGGAAAAAGACCUUAAGAAUCUAAGGAAUAGUAUGGUUCUUGGAUUUGUUAUGCUUAACACUUUGUGGAUGGUAGUCAUUUUCCAACUACAACUCCUUAAGGAAGCUUUAGAAGAUUUCUUUUUUAUAACUAUUCCACGUUCGGAUGAUGAGAUGCCUGAAAAUUUUGAACCUAUUGGCCUCUUAUCCUUAUCGUUGUUCACCCUUAUCCUACUGCUACAGUUUAUUGCUUCAGUAAUUCACAGAUGCGAAACGUUCCUACAUCUAUUAAGUAUAACUCAAAUCCAAUGGCCUUGGUCUACUAAAACCGAACUGGAUUCUGAAGAAACACUCAACUUAUGUAAAAGACUACAAGCUCUUAAUUAUACACCUGAACACACAAGAAUCGAAAACCAUAAAUCGUCUAUUGCUGCCAGAAGAAAGAGAUUUAGACAACGAAGAAAGAUUGAUCAAGACUUUUUCGAAGAAAGAUUUAAGAGGCAUUACAACAGGUGGCUAAAUACUACACUAACGGCGAAAAACUUUAGAGAAAUACAGAAUUUCAACAGUAUUCAUAUAGGCCUACAGCAAUAG